AUGACAACUCCUCUUGCGCGAAAAUCUGCCCCGGCGACCAGUUCCACUCAAGCCGCCGACUUUUACGGGGAAAGAAACACUGGAAUCAGAAUGGUUUCCACGGGCAAACUUGACGAUGCCGCGGAAGAAGCCCGUAAAAAUCUCAUCAAGUCCAUGGGCAAGAAGCCCCGUAACAGCGUCACUGACAGAUGGAAGCCCAAAGAAGAGCCCACUCAGGAACAAAAGAUUGGGCCGGACCAGAAGAUUCAAAACUCGUACUCUGCGUACGAACAAAGGCGCAACUCGCGAAUCGCCGAACGCACGGAGCAACUCAAGAAACUCCAAAAGGAACAGGAAGAAAAAGAAGCGGAAAGAAUGGCCCGCAUCGAGAAGCGUCGCAAUGAGAGAUUGUCGUCAAUCGGUGGUGUCGGGGAACCGGAUCUGGCAAACGGCGUUAAAGAUCUCAAAAUUGGCGCAGGCGUGUCAAGUUCUAGUGUGCCAGCUUCGCGAAAAACCGCUCCUCUUCCAGCUUCUCUCGACGAAACUAGUAAUUAUCCCCGCCUUUCUCAUCGCUAA